AUGCAGGCUGCUACCCCGGCCAUGCAGGCUGCUACCCCGGCCAUGCAGGCUGCUACCCCGGCCAUGCAGGCUGCUACCCCGGCCAUGCAGGCUGCUACCCCGGCCAUGCAGGCUGCUACCCCGGCCAUGCAGGCUGCUACCCCGGCCAUGCAGGCUGCUACCCCGGCCAUGCAGGCUGCUACCCCGGCCAUGCAGGCUGCUACCCCGGCCAUGCAGGCUGCUACCCCGGCCAUGUACAAUGUAGGCUGCUACCCCGGGCAGACUGCUAUACAGGCUCAAUUCAAUAAAAUGUUACAUCAUGAGCAUUCAGGUGAUGCAUCUAGGCAUUCGGGUGAUGCAUCCAAGUAUUCGGGUGAUGCAUCCAAGUAUUCGGGUGAUGCAUCCAAGUAUUCCGGUGAUGCAUCCAAGUAUUCGGGUGAUGCAUCUAGGUAUUCGGGUGAUGCAUCUAGGCAUUCAGGUGAUGCAUCCAAGUAUUCGGGUGAUGCAUCUAGGUAUUCGGGUGAUGCAUCUAGGUAUUCAGGUGAUGCAUCUAGGCAUUCGGGUGAUGCAUCUAGGCAUUCGGGUGAUGCAUCUAGGCAUUCGGGUGAUGCAUCUAGGCAUUCGGGUGAUGCAUCUAGGCAUUCAGGUGAUGCAUCUAGGCAUUCAGGUGAUGCAUCUAAGUAUUCAGGUGAUGCAUCUAAGUAUUCAGGUGAUGCAUCUAGGUAUUCAGGUGAUGCAUCUAGGUAUUCAGGUGAUGCAUCUAGGUAUUCAGGUGAUGCAUCUAGGUAUUCAGGUGAUGCAUAUCUUAGUAUUCAGGUGAUGCAACUAGGUAUUCAGGUGAUGCAACUAGGUAUUCAGGUGAUGCAUCUAAGUAUUCAGGUGAUGCAUCUAGGUAUUUAG